AGGGAUAGUAACCAUUUAACUAGUUCGCACGUGGGAAUCCCCUAACUCAACCUCACAUUGCUGUAAGCUGGCGCUGGUUGGAUAUAGUGGUAGCACGUGGUUUGACGUCACGCGACGGAAAAGCUGACGAGGUAUUCACUGUAGCGGAUGAUAGGUGAGGCAGGAAGUACAUGCUGACUGCUUAAUAACUCAGCGUCUUGUAUGCAGUGUUGCUGUUGAUGUGAAGUAUGAGGGCGUUUAUCAAACGCAUACAUUUGACAGUUAGAAAAUUUGUGAAAUUAUUUAAUGUUACGAUAAGAGCAGAAGAAAUUUAAAGUGAGAAUAUUGUAGACUACGUUGGAGAAAAGUGAGUUAUUUCAAUGGCGUAAGCUGACGGUACAGGGAAGAGCGUGGCUUGUUGGCGUCUCGUUAUUUACCGUUGAAAACGUUUAUUAAUGGGCCGAACACUACGCCGUUGUUUAUAGAUACAGUACGUGAAGAAUCUCCAUACACGUUGAUUCUUUAAUUAUAAACUUAUGGUAACACUGACGACGCGUUUCAGGUGAUUCCCCUGGUGAUACUCUGUGCAACGAUGACGGACAAGGGAAGUGCUGUGGUAUAUCCUCAGCAGUUUGUUGCAGUUGCAGAACAUUAUGUGCUAUUUCUGUGCAAGAAAGGCUAUAUGGAUACAAAUUUUUGUAUUGAAAAAGAAAAUUUCAAGAGAAUAUUCGAAGAAGACUACAAGCAGAAGUAUCCUGUUCGUGCUCAUACUUCAAAUCUGCUAGCUGCACUGAACUAUGUGAGACUACUUAAGAAGAUAGAAAAACGCAACCAAGAGACAAUGCAUUUCCAUAGAAACCAUAUGGAAACAUUGUUGAAGAAAAAUUCAGACGAAGUGCUGCAGAAGCAUCCUGAUGCCAAUUUGGCAAAGCCGAAACUUCAGAAACUUGUGCAGCAACAGUUUGCUUUCAAGGCCAAGAAAGAAAUUGCACCCGAUAUUAAAGAACUAGAUUGCUUCUUAUGCAAAGUACAGUUCUCUUCUGAGUCAGAACUGAAAGAACAUGAACAAAAGCUAGAUCACAAGCUGCGAAAAAUAUAUCGCAGCAACAGGAAAUCUUUGGAUGGAAAACUUUUCAAUAUUGACACAUCCACAGUAUCUGAAAGUGUGAAAGUUUCAAAUGGAGAGUGUUUAGUUCGAAAGGAAGAAAAAGUAAAAGCUGCAGCAGUAAUUGCCAACAGGGACAACAUGUUGUGCACUGUUACUGACGUUUCUGAAUUAAUACCGUCAGCAGAAAUUCAGCUCGGUUACCGUGUACCGUCAGUUGUACAACCUGGAAAAACCAUACAAUUCACUGUAGAAGCUAAGUUCUCUGAAAUUGCUGCUGUAAUUUAUCCUUUAGUUUUUCAUAUAACCAAGGAUAAUAAGAACCUACUUGUGCUGCAUGAAAUGGUAUUCAGAGUUCAAAGUGAAGAAGUUGAUGAUUUGGGUCCAACAGCACCUUACAAAAGAAUAAUUCCUAUCAUAUUGGAGACAGCAGAAUAUCCGACAGUGAGUGGAGUACCACCACCCAUGUCCAAAAAAAAGUCUCCUUGUGUUAGACCACUUAAUUCUUAUCCAAUACCUGCUGAUCUGAAAUACAUAAUUAAUAAUGGAUUUAGAGAGACCCCAGGAAUGGAAAAUAAUGUGAAGGGAAAACUAAAAAAAAUCUUAGGGAUGUUGAAGGCGUCUAACAAAGAUAAAGUCAUUGCAGACAUGAAACCUAAAAUGUACAGUGAAUUUAUGAGGUUGUUGCUGCACAUGGAGGAACAUCAGAUGCUAUUAGACAUACACAUGUUUGAUCGUGAAGACCAAACAAUGACAUUGCACUCUAAUAAAAAAUUAUGCAUACUGAAGGUUCCUGGAUUAGCUGAAAAACGUCCAUCAGUAAUGAAAAAUGACAGGAUAAUAGUGAAGAUAAAGGGAGACAAAGAGUGUAUACAAUACGAGGGAAUAGUACAUGCAGUCAGAGAACUGGAUGUGUACUUAGGAUUCAGGGAACAGUUUCUGAAGAAAUUUAUGCCAAAUAUGAAGUUUAGCAUCUCAUUUACCGUCAAUAGGUACCCUCUGCAAUUACAGCACCGUGCUUUGACACUGUUAGAAAGCAGUAAUAUGAGCUCAUUAAUGUUUCCAAAUAAAUACAGUCAUUCAUCAUCUGCAAACAUUCAAUCCUGGUUCAAUUAUUUAAUUGCAACAAAUGAAGAACAGCAAACUGCAGUGUGCAAUAUUGUUUCUGGUUCUUUCUAUCCAUCUCCAUAUGUAGUCUUUGGACCACCCGGCACAGGCAAAACUGUGACAAUAGUAGAGAGCAUACUACAGCUGUGGAAACGUUGGCCUGAUGCUCAUAUUUUGGCAUGCACUCCAUCAAAUUCAGCUGCUGAUGUUCUGACUAAACGACUUUUGAAACAUAUGCCAAAAAACAGUAUCUUCCGUAUCUAUGCUGAUAGUUGGACUGGUGACAGUAUUCCUGAAGAGAUCAAGCAAUGCAGCAAUUAUGAAGCAAAUGAAGACACAUUUUACCUUACAGUUGAAGAUGUUGUGAAAAAGUGUGUUGUUAUAACAACACUUAUUACUGCUGGCAAGUUGGUUAGUGCUGGAGUACCAGAAGAACACUUCACUCAUGUCUUCAUUGAUGAAAGUGGUCAAGCUCCAGAGCCUGAAUUGCUAGUCCCAGUCUGUGGGCUGCUAACCAGCAAGUCUCACCCUGGGCAACUAUUGGGACGUGUUAUUUUGGCUGGUGAUCCAAAGCAGUUGGGACCUAUUUUGAGGUCUAUUCCUGCUAGCUGCUUGGGCCUUGGAACAUCCUUCUUGGAGCGGCUGGUAAUGACAAAUGAAAUGUAUAAGAGGAAUGGGACAAACCAGAAAUACAAUUCUGCUGUCAUUACAAAACUAUUGAAAAAUUUUCGUUCUCAUGAACAGAUCCUAAAAGUUUCAAAUGAGUUGUUUUAUGACAAUGAACUUAAGGCAUGUGGCGGUGACAUAACUACAAGGGCAUGUAAGUGGAGUCAGCUGCCAAAAAAGGGGUUUCCAAUAAUUUUUCAUGGUGUCAAAGGCAAAGAUGAACGUCAAGCAGACUCACCAAGUUAUUUUAAUCGACAAGAGAUUGAUGUUGCUAUAAAGUAUGUGGCAGCUCUCUUAGAAGAACGCCUGAGUGGGUAUAAAGUGGAGGAGAAAGAUAUAGGUAUCAUAACACCAUACAGAUUGCAGGUGCAGAAAUUUCGUCAGGUGCUAAAGAAAAAGUGGUCUGAUAUAACAGUUGGAUCAGUUGAGGAAUUUCAAGGACAGGAGAGGCUUAUUAUUAUUAUAUCUACUGUACGUUCAAGGACAGAACUGCUAAAUGAUGACUAUAAGCAUCAUCUUGGGUUCCUGAAAAAUCCAAAGAGAUUCAAUGUGGCUGUGACUCGCCCAAAAGCUCUGCUAAUUGUUAUCGGAAAUCCUGAUGUACUUCAACAUGAUCAAUGUUGGAGGAAACUUAUUGAAUUUUGCCAUAAAAAUGGUGCUUGCACAGGGUGUAAAUUACAGCUGCAAGCAGACCACAUCCCCAGUAUUGAUGAUGACUUCAACUUCAAAUUUGCAGGCCUCAGUUUGGGUAAACCAUCAAAUGUGGAGGAUGGACCACAGUGGAGGAGUGAAAUGUAAAAGGCUGUGUUUGAGAUUGUAAAUACAGGUUUAGAAUCAGUUAUAUCAUUUCAGUUGUGUAUAACUCCUUCAAAAUCGCUAAGAUUCCACCAGGAAUGACGUAUAUUGUGGAUUGUGAAACUUGUCAAUAAACUGAAGUAUUUGAAACAGGGAA